AUGGCCUCCUUCUCAGAGGUCACCAGCAUCUACUGGGCCCUCAUCCUGCACCACGAUGAGGUGUCGGUCACGGCUCUGGCCAAUGUCAACAUCAGGAGCCUCAUGUGCAAUGUGGGGGCUGGUGGACCUGCCCCAGCAGGAGGUCCUGCCCCCUCUGCCACUGCUGCCCCAGCUGAGGAGCAGAAAGGGGAAGCAAAGAAAGAAGAGUCUGAGGAGUCUGAUGAUGACAUGGGCUUUGGUCUUUUUGACUAAACCUCUUGUAACAUGUUCAAUA